AUGUACCCAGUGACUGAGCCCCCUCGGCCUCUGCUGGAGAUGCAUCACCGCUUGGAGGAGAACUGGAGGGAGAUCGCCGGGAAGAAGAUGAAGUUCCCGCCCAGUCUGAUUGGCGCCAUCUAUGAUGGGAACCUGGCCAAGCUCUACAAGCUGCUGCAGACCAGCGAUGGGAUCCUGCGGCAGCUGGACGAUGCUGAGGACCGGUCCUGGAGGGAGGCCCUCAAUCUGGCCAUCCGCAUGAGCAACGAGGAGAUCAUCGUGGCCCUGCUCCGCUGCGUCAAGUUCGACUUCCGGCAGAUCCAUGAGGCCCUGCUGGUGGCGGUGGACAUGAACCUGAUCAACGUGGUGAAGCUCCUGCUGGAGCGUCUGGACCAGCAGAAGGGGGUGAGCCACAACAAGGUGGACAUCAUGUCCUUCUCCCUGGCCUUGUUCGACCACUCCAUCGACAGCUCGCGUUUUGCGCCGGGUGUCACCCCUCUCACCCUCGCCUGCCAGAAGGAUCUCUUCGAGAUCGUGGACCUCCUGAUGAAGAAAGGCCACGUCAUCCCGGACCCCCACAAGAUCUCCUGCGCCUGCCCUGAGUGCCUCAAUGGCCGGCAGUACGACAUGCUGAAGUUCUCCCUGUCCCGAAUGAACACCUACAAGGGACUGGCCAGCAGACCCUACCUCUCCAUCGCCAACGAGGACGCCAUGCUCAGUGCCUUCAAGCUCAGCAGGGAGCUGAAGCAGCUGUCCAAGAAGGAGCCCGAGUUCAAGCCCGAGUACCUGAACCUGGAGGAGCUGUGCGAGGACCUGGCGGUGGAGCUGCUGGGCAUGUGUCGCAACCAGAGCGAGGUCAACGCCAUCCUCAACGACAGCGGCGAGGACCAGGAGGAAGUGGAGGACAUGGACAACCAGGCCUUCGAGGAGGGAAUCCCCAACCUGGCUCGGCUCAGGCUGGCUGUCAACUACAACCAGAAGAGGUUUGUGGCCCACCCGAUCUGCCAGCAGGUGCUGACGUCCAUCUGGUGCGGGAAGCUGACGUGGUGGCGAGGGAGCCGCACCAUUUGGCUCAUCUUCAUCUCCACCGGGAUGUUCCUCACCAUGCCCCUGCUCAGCCUGGUCUACCUGAUCGCACCCAGGUCCAAGAUCGGGCAGUUUAUCCGCACACCAGUAAUCAAGUUCCUCCUCCACUCCUCGUCCUACAUCUGGUUCCUGGUCGUCCUCCUAGUGGAGUCCAUCCUCGCCCAGCAGUACCGCGACGUGGCCUCGUCCAGGAACCAUCCCAUCUACCUCAACUCCUUCCACAUGAUCUGGGUGGUGGGUUACUUCUGGUAUGAGUGCAAGGAGGUGUGGAUCGAGGGGCUGCGCAGUUACCUGCUGGACUGGUGGAACUUCCUGGACAUCGUCAUCCUCAGCAUGUACCUGGCUUCCUUCGCCCUGCGCAUCGUCAUCUACCUGAGCGGCCAGCUGUACUGCCAGGCCGACGCACAGUCCUUCUACUGCCUGUACUUCACCAGCAUCGACAGACACCAGUGGAUGCAGGAAGACCCCCAGAUGGUGGCCGAGGUGCUGUUCGCCAUCACCAGCAUGCUGAGCCUGGCCCGGCUAACCUCCAUCCUGCCCGCACACGAGACGCUUGGGACCCUGCAGAUCUCCAUCGGCAGGAUGAUCGACGACAUGAUGAGGUUCAUGUUCCUGCUGAUGAUCAUCCUGACGGCCUUCCUGUGCGGCAUCAACAACAUCUACGUCCACUACGUCGACCUGGAGCGCCUCGGCAACUUCAACGGUACCCUGCAGUUCCUCUUCUGGACCAUGUUUGGUAUGGAGGAGCCCACGUCGGUGGAUGUGUCCGACUACGUGGUGGCUGAGUUCGUGGGUCGCAUCCUGUACGGGAUUUUCACCAUUAUUAUGGUCAUAGUGCUUCUCAACAUGUUAGUCGCUAUGAUCACCAACUCCUUCCAGAAGAUCGAGGACGAUGCAGAUGUUGAGUGGAAAUUUGCCCGCUCCAAGUUGUACCUUUGCUACUUCCGUGAGGGCCUCACGCUCCCUGUUCCCUUCAACAUCAUCCCAACUCCCAAAUCCUUCUUCUACUUCAUCAGGUGGAUUUUCCGGAAGCUGUGUUGUAUCAGCGGCAAGAAGCAGAACGACUACCCUCCGCUGCCCUCCACCAUCGGGAACUCGGGGCUGGGGAUGACCCAGGCGGAGGGACGGGAAGCCUACCGCCUGCAGGUGAUCAAGACCCUGGUGCACAGGUACAUCGAGACGUCCCGCCAGGAGUUCGCCGAGAAGCAGCGGAAAGACCUCGGGAACCGGAUCACGGAGCUGAGCAAGUUCGUGGGCCGCCUGCAGUCGGAGAUCAAGCGGCUGCGGUACGGGAUGGGUGGGGCGGCCGGGAGCGCCUUGUCCGGGGACGCGUCCGCCGUCAUCGGCAAGUACAUUCUGGGCGCCCGCAACCGCUUCCAGGACCCGGAGGAGGGCUCGGAGCCCGGCUCCCGCAAGUCCUCCUUUAAUGUGACCGUCCACCAGAACUCGGACGACGCGGCUGACCCCCCCGCAGCCCGCGGAGCGGAGCAGGGGGCGGAGGAGGGAGAGGAGGAGGGCUGCCCGCCCUACCCCAGCGAUGGGGCGGGGGCCAGCGGUCCCGCCGGAGAGGAGGGCGGGGAGGAGAGCCCCUCCGCCGGCCAGGACCACGGAGACUCGGUGAAGGACUGAGCCGGGGCGACCCCCGUCCCCACUGAAGCAGACCCGAGACUGGGAGCUCUGGGGGCGUUGGGCCAGGGGGCAGCCCCGGGACCACCCACCCCCGGGACCACCCUCCCCCGGGACCACCCUCCCCUGCUUCAUUUAGCCACCAUUAUCCUUAAUCAAACGGUAGGGUAGAAGCUUCUCCCUCAGCGCCUGGUUCCCUGGAGCGCUCGGACCAUGAGUUGGGGGUCGGGACGUCUCUCUCCGGGAACUUUCCAAAUCAUCGUCCGUCAGACUCGCCUGGUCACUGGGCAGCCCCCGGG